AUACUACUAAUAAUUUAUUUAAUUUUCGGGGGAAGGAAAAAAGAGCGCAUGGGAAAUGGAGAAGGAAAGAAAAAAGCAUUAACACAAGCUCUUCAUUUUCUCUCACGAUUUUCUUCUUCAUCAUCAUCAUCAUCAUAAUUUUCUCUCACGAUUUUCUCGGAAUCUAAACACACCUGAACUUGUUCUUCACCCGUGAGAUCCGAGGACACGUCACUCUCUUAGCUCGAUCCUGUUACUAUAGUACUUGUUUUGUCACUUCAAUUUUCAGUGCUAAAUCUCAUGCAAAUGAAAGGAUGUGCUGUGAGUCGGAGGGUUUAAAGCCUGUGCCGUCUUCGUCUCCGUCUCUAUCUCCAACUUUGACACACAAUUCUCAACUGAGAAACCACACCAUGAAUCACUUAACUAUCAGUACUGAAGAUUCUUUUGCGAGCCUUCUUGAGCUUGCUGCUAAUAACGACGUUGAAGGGUUCAAACGAUUGAUUGAGUAUGAUCCUAUGUCGGUGGAUGAGGUUGGAUUAUGGUAUGGUCGUCGCAAGGGUUCGAAGCAGAUGGUCAACGAGCAAAGGACACCUUUGAUGGUUGCUGCUACAUAUGGUAGCAUUGAUGUUAUGAAAUUGAUUUUUUCUUUAUCGGAUGUUGAUAUCAACAGGCCCUGUGGCCUUGACAAGAGCACCGCUCUUCACUGUGCUGCUUCUGGUGGGGCUGAAAAUGCUGUAGAUGCUGUGAAGCUGCUUCUUGCAGCAGGGGCUGAUCCUAAUUCUGUGGAUGCUAACGGGGAUCGUCCGAUAGAUGUUAUUGUUUAUUCCCCGAAGCUUGAACUUGUGAAAAACAGUCUUGAGGAGCUACUUCAAAUUGAUGGUCCCAGUGCUGGCUCUAAUCUUAGGGUGAUUACAAACUCGCUUAAUUCUUAUUCUCCUCCUUUGUCGGCUUCGCCUGAGAACGGGUCUCCUUCUCCACCACCGGAUCUUCUGUUGAAGUUAAAGUCAAUUGAUGUCCCUCUUUCUCCUGCUGGGUCUGAGAAGAAAGAAUAUCCUGUUGAUCCAUCCCUUCCUGAUAUCAAAAACAGCAUAUACUCAACUGAUGAAUUUCGAAUGUAUUCUUUCAAGGUUCGACCUUGUUCGCGUGCUUAUUCCCAUGAUUGGACUGAAUGCCCUUUUGUUCAUCCAGGGGAGAAUGCCCGGAGAAGGGACCCGAGAAAGUAUCAUUACAGCUGUGUCCCUUGUCCUGAUUUUCGCAAGGGUGCUUGCCGGCGUGGGGACAUGUGUGAAUAUGCUCAUGGGGUUUUCGAGUGCUGGCUGCAUCCUGCACAAUAUAGAACCCGUCUCUGCAAGGACGGGACAAAUUGCUCCAGGAGAGUUUGCUUCUUUGCCCACACUCCUGAAGAGCUUCGGCCAUUGUAUGUUUCAACUGGUUCUGCGGUUCCCUCACCUCGGUCAAGCACGUCUUCUGCCAUGGAUUUUGCUGCAGCCAUGAGCAUGUUGCCUGGCUCACCUUCUUCGAUGUCUGUCAUGUCUCCUUCGCCAUUCACUCCACCCAUGUCACCUUCUGGCAAUGGCAUUUCACACAAUUCCGUUGCUUGGCCACAGCCAAACAUCCCAGCGUUGCAUCUUCCUGGAAGUAAUCUUCAGUCUAGUCGUUUGAGAUCUUCUCUCAAUGCUAGAGAUAUUCAUAUGGAUGAUUUUGAGUUGUUAUCUGAUUAUGAUCAACAGCAACAACUCCUUAAUGAGUUGGCAUGCCUGUCUCCACGUCAUAUUAAUUCUAACAGUCUUAGCCGCUCCGGUCGAAUGAAGCCAUUGAAUCCAUCAAAUCUUGAUGAUCUCUUUUCUGCCGAGAGUUCUUCUCCUCGAUAUGCUGAUCCAAAUCUGACUUCAACCGUUUUUUCUCCGACUCACAAAUCAGCUGUCUUUAAUCAGUUUCAGCAGCAGCAGAACAUGUUGUCACCAGUGAAUACAAAUUUUUCUUCUAAAAAUGUUGAUCAUCAUUUAUUGCAGGCAGCUUCUUAUGGUGUUCAGCCAUCAGGAAGAAUGUCUCCACGAAACGUGGAACCUAUCUCUCCGAUGGGCUCAAGGAUGUCAAUGCUGGCACAACGCGACAAGCAGCAACAAUUCCGUAGCCUAAGCUUCCGCGAGCACGGCUCUAACUCUAUGCUUGCAACUGCUGGCUCUGUCAAUAAUUCUUGGUCAAAAUGGGAAUCCCCCAAUGGUAAGUUGGAUUGGGCUCACAAUGCGGAUGAAGUUGGCAAGCUCCGUAGAUCAUCUUCAUUUGAGCUUGGGAACAACGGCGAGGAGCCUGAUUUAUCAUGGGUGCAGUCACUUGUCAAAGAAUCUCCAACUGAGAUCAAAGAGAAAUUGGCAACUUCUAUCUCAGGUGCUGCGCCAGGUGGAUCCUCGGGUGAGGGAAUGAAUAUGAGCACGCAACUGGAGUCUGUUGAUCAUGCUGUAUUGGGAACAUGGCUUGAACAGAUGCAGCUUGAUCAUCUUGUGGCUCAGCAAAACUGAAAUGAGUUUUGCUGACCCUGAGGCAAGGCAGUUAACAACUGAAAGGUUCGAGUAUAUAAUAUAUAUGUUAUUUUUUGAAGUUUUGUUGUUGAUGGAAGGUUACAUUAACUAAGAAAGGAAGCAGAAAGAAAAAGAAUGGGAGGAAAAAUUCAUUCUCAAGUUUAGUGUUACAAAGGUAACUUUAGGAGAGACAGAAAACCACUGGGUCGCGUUGAGACAGUUAAUGCCAACGCCGGGUUUUUUGGCUGCCAAUCUUUUCAAUUUUUAGGUUCACAUUCCUGUCAUUUUUUGCUUCCUUGAGGAGCAAAUGUUUAAUCUAUAUUUUUAUUUUAUUUCUUUUAAUUCUGUAGUAGAAAAACAUGUUACAAAAGGGUCAUUGGAUUUAAUUUCCUCAAAUCUCCAUUUUGGUCCAGUUUUGGGGAUGAUACAGGAUUUGGAUGUACUAUUUCUAUGUAAUUUUGAACCAAUAAUUGUGGAUGCCAGGGGUGUGUUUAUCAGGGACAUUUGAAGAUUAGUCCUUUGGGCAUGUAACAUUCAAUUAAAGUUUAUUGCUAUAUUUAUUCUAAUACCUUUGAUUUCUUUCUUUA